AUUGAAACUUCCUUAUAAAUUCGAAUUACCUAUUUUUAUUUCCAGAAUUGUUUCAAUACUGUCUUGAUACUUUCAGUUAUUAUUUUUCACUUCCAAAUUCAGGAAUAUUGGAGAAUAAGGCACGAACUUUUGUGCUAAAUGUCGGUGGUAACUUUCGAAAAACCGAUACCCCACAUCGGUCUAGCAGACUGGUAUGCGAAACAAUGGCAGAACCAGCAAACAAACGACACUCGCAGGAACGACGCGUUCAAUCUGCGUCAUGAGUCCAGGCAGCUCAGAAAUGAGACCAACAUCAGAACUGAGUGGGACACGUACCACAACAACGUCAGACUGGCCGAUAGAGUCACGGAAUUGGAUAGAUGGCGAGAGACGUUGUUGUCCUGUCUAGAUAGGCUCAAUUCCGAGCUGGGUAUGUUGAAAGACGAAAAAUUUGGCACCGAAAGAGAACUUGAUGCUCUGGGAAUCCCUUUGGGGGUGAUAUCAGAAUGCAUUUCUAUGAGAGAUUGCAGACAAGGGACAGAACUGACCUACGAUGAUGGCGACACUGAACUAAAAAAAGAGCUUUGUUUGGCAGAGAACGUGAAAAAACUUCUGAAAGAGCGAUGCCAAGCUACGUGGGAGAAACUCAAUAAGCUGGAGGAAGUCAAGUUCCAGCUGAAUUUGGAUAUCAAUGAUAAAACUGAGGCCUUGGAAAUCGAUAAGGACCAAUUAACUCUGGACAAGAAUUGUGCCAACAUCACUUUCAAAAUCGAUCCAUUGCGAACUGUCAAAGGCUCGAUCCCGUACGAGGGCUGGCUAGAGCACUCGCGUCUCACGAAGCAGCUGGCCGACAACGAGCUCGCCGACACGCUGAAGCUGCGCGAAGCCUUGUUCGUGGUGCGCGAACGAGCACGAAACGACAUGCUGGCGCAGCGAGACCGCGUCGAUUUCGUGCUGCGCAAACGCAUUUAUGAGACGCAAAAGGCACGCAACGAAGCCGAGUGGCAGCAGCUGAAGAUGCGCGCCGAAAUGGAGGCUGUCAGCAGGGAAAUUCGGACGCUAGAGGACGCGCUAAGAGCGAAAGACGAUGCUUUGAAGCUUGCCGAAACCAGACUGGAGAACAGGUCCUACAGGCCCGGAUUCGAACUGGCCAGGGACGAGACUGAGAAAGGGCUCAAAGACGAAGUGCUGCAGUUGCGCCAAACGCGUCGAGAGCUCAACGACAAGAUCGACUGUGCCAAAGCGACCUACAACGUGCUGGAAGACCAACAGGUGGCCAUCGACAAGGAUCUGGCCGACAAGAGCCAAUCGCUGAUGACGGACGUGCGCUGUCUGGAUUUGCGGAUGCGACUCAGGUCUGGAGAGUUUGCCGGCCCGGCCACGGCUACAGACAGAAAUAUCCAGUUGACUAGGAUGGAGAAGGAGAUCCCGCCUACGUAGGGGGUUUUGGGUGUCACCUGGGGUUGGUAAGGGGGCAAAAUUUGUGUGUUUAUUGCUUUUUUGAUACCCAGGGAGAACCUAUAGUAGGUAACAAAUAGAAAUGUUCACAGAAUAGAGGCUUUUUUGGUUAUAUCGAUCAAAUAUACAUGUCACAAAAAAAAGAGUGAUUCUUUUCACCAGUUCACCUACCUAUACAGGGUGGGCCAAUAGUGUGUUCUCUUUCGAUAUUAGUCA